GCCUGACGCGGGCUCUUACGUGUCGGCCAGAAUAAAAGUGGAGCUCCGGAGGCCCAGGAGUGACGAAGGGAGUCUGUAUCGCUCAGCCAAUGAAGAUGGAGUCAGCAGUGGAGGCUCAGCAGGGGGUGGAGACUGCUGUGACGGAGACAGAGAACCAGCAGAUCACUUCGGCACAGAUCGCUACUUUGGCACAGGUAUCCAUGACAACAGGCCACGCAUCAGCAACAGGUCCCACAGUAACGCUUGUCCAGCUUCCCAAUGGACAGACAGUUCAAGUCCACGGUGUCAUCCAGGCUGCACAACCCUCUGUUAUCCAGUCCCCACAGGUCCAGGCUGUACAGAUCUCCACUAUAGCAGAAAGUGAGGAUUCACAGGAGUCAGUAGACAGUGUGACUGACUCUCAGAAACGCAGAGAGAUUCUGUCACGACGCCCCUCAUACAGGAAAAUCCUGAACGAUCUUUCAUCCGACGUGCCGGCUGUCCCUCGUAUCGAGGAGGAAAAGGCCGAGGAGGAUUCAUCUGCUGCGGCUGCCACACCCUCAAUUACCACUGUUACUGUCCCCACACCCAUCUACCAGACCAGCAGCGGCCAAUACAUUGCGAUCACGCAGGGCGGGGCCAUUCAGCUGGCUAACAACGGUACAGAUGGAGUCCAAGGUCUUCAAACUCUGACUAUGACCAACGCAGCAGCGGCCACCCAGCCUGGAGCCACCAUCCUCCAGUAUGCACAGACCAGCGACGGCCAGCAGAUACUGGUUCCCAGUAACCAGGUGGUGGUCCAAGCUGCCUCCGGUGACGUCCAGGCCUAUCAGAUCCGAGCAGCCCCUGCAAGCACUAUCGCCCCUGGGGUGGUCAUGGCCUCCUCCCCUGCCCUCCCCACCCAGGGUGCCACUGAGGAGGUCACCCGCAAACGGGAGGUCCGCCUCAUGAAGAACAGAGAGGCAGCCCGUGAAUGUCGCAGGAAGAAGAAGGAGUAUGUUAAGUGUCUGGAAAACCGAGUGGCCGUCCUGGAGAACCAAAACAAGACGCUAAUUGAAGAACUUAAAGCCCUUAAAGACCUUUACUGCCAUAAAUCUGAGUAGCUCGUGUCCUGAACACCGAGCUGGGCCAAGUAGCAUUUCAGUUCCUUUCAAGUACUUUGACUGUUUGAUUCUGCCUGUCUGGCCUUCCAGUUUGCACACGGCUGGCUGUUUUUCAUAUCAAAUAAUGCUAAAAUACACAAAAUCUUUGCAGUAUAAAUGCACUGAGAAACCUGUGCAUACUGUCACACUGUCGACAGCAGCUACAAUCCUGUGCAACAUCAUUAAAACGGUCGAAUCGGCCGCUGACAGCAGUUCACAUGUUGCUUCACACAGCUUUGUCAGUGAGCCAGUACCCAUAUAACUUAGCAUAAGACUGAACUCACCACGCUCAGUGUAGAGAUGUUUCACUGGAAAAGGUUUACAACAGAGUCCAAUGAGCUCAAUUAUUAUCCUUAAAUCUUUCAACAACAAAAACAACCAUUUCUUCUGAUGCUGCUGUGGUUGCUGCAGUUUAAUUUACCCUGUACUCUGAUUUAGAACAGUAGUUAAACUGAACUACAUUUAAGGUCUCAUUUAUGAUUUUCCUGCCAAAUAUUCAUAAAUGAGUAUUUUCUGCUGCCACAGUGUAACGUUACAGUCACAGUGGCGAGUUCAGUUUUAAAGCGUGUACUGGCCACAGCUACAACAAGAAGUGUGUAAACAGAAUUAUAAAAAUGAUUUGCCUUUGGUAUGAUUACAGUUACACAGUGAUUCACAGAACGUGUAACAU